CUAAUUGAAUUGUCCAAUCGAUUUGUUCGAUUUUGGUAUUUUUAUUUUGAGUUUCAGAAUAUUCCUUGUCAGUAAGUUGUUCCAUUGCUAAAGCUUCACGGAAUGCCGCGAAUCCUAGUACUGUACUAUUCCAUGUAUGGUCAUAUCAAGAAGCUUGCUGACCAGAUUGUUGAGGGUGCUCGUCAAGAAGGAUGUGAAGUUGUCCUGUAUCAGGCACCAGAGACGCUUUCUGAAGACAUUCUGAAAAUGAUGAAGGCACCACCAAAGCCAAAUGAUCCAGUAUUCACUUUUGAUAAACACAGUAUCUUAGCUGAAGCCGAUGGAGUUAUCUUUGGUUUUCCAACACGUUUUGGUAUGAUGUGUGCACAAAUGAAGGCUGUUUUUGACUCCUUUGGACAUCUUUGGCAAAGUGGAGCUUUGGCCACAAAGCCAGCAGGUCUCUUCUUUUCAACAGGUUCACAAGGUGGAGGACAAGAAACAACUGCUUUUACUGCAAUAACUCAGCUGGCCCAUUUGGGAAUGGUAUUUGUUCCGAUUGGUUACUCUUUUGGUCCUGAUGAAUUUCGUCAAGAUCGCGUUCAGGGAGGUUCAGCAUAUGGAGCUGGAACUUAUGCUGGUGCGGACGGCUCAAGGCAACCCAUUGAGUAUGAACUAGCACGUGCAAAGCAUCAAGGAAGCUAUUUCGCAAAGUUUGUAAAGAGACUCGCCCCAAAGUGAGGUUCCUUAGCAGUCAGUUAGAGAGGGUUGAUUUUUUGUUUACUUGUGCUUUAUAAAGCUUCAAUGUGUUUUUAAGUAUAAGUUGGCAAAGAUACCCAUGUUGCAUGCCCGUAAGAAAUUUUUCUGGAAACAA